ACGAGGAAACCCCGAACGAACGCGUUUACGUUUGCAACCUAAAAAAAGUGUAAGCCUUACGUGACCCGAGCGGAAUUCCUAGCCUUGUGUACUUCUAUACGCGGACCUGUGAUACCUUAGGUACGCAUCACCAAAAGAUCAGCCUUGGAGAAACAAACAACAACAACAUUCAAAGUUCAAGCCACCUACCUAUAUUUCCAUCAUAACUCGAAAGCCUAUCCUGUUUUCUACCAUCAUCGCCAUCUUUCAAAUUCAUCCAUCAUGGCGUUGGAUAGCUUCUUUCAUAAUAAGAUUGAGAGCAUGAAGCUCGAGAUCAUCCAAGGUCAAGCUGUUCUACGAAGAUUAGAAGCUCAGCGAAAUGAUUACAACUCAAGAGGUACUUUCGCAAAUCAUAUGAUGUAUAAACAGACAACUGAUUGCGAUAGUGCGACUUUUAAGAGAAGAACUCGGAUUAUUACAACAACCAGGAUCCUAUGUUGGUGAGGUGGUAAAGGUAAUGGGUACGAAAAAGGUGUUGGUUAAGGUGCAUCCAGAAGGCAAAUAUGGUAUGGAAUCUAUCGCAUAUGUAUAAUGUUUCCGUUACUAAUUCUAGAUGAAGUUGUCGAUAUCGCGGAUAGUGUUGAUAUCUCAAAACUCACUGUGGGGAAGAGAGUAACUCUUCUGUCAGACUCCUAUAAGCUCGAAAAGAUGUUGCCAUCAUCCGUCGAUCCUCUCGUCUCCCUCAUGAUGGUCGAAAAGGUUCCGGAUAGUACAUAUGAUAUGAUCGGUGGUUUAGAUCAACAAGUAAAGGAAAUUAAGGAGGUUAUUGAGCUUGGUCUUAAGCAUCCUGAACUGUUCGAAUCUCUCGGUAUAGCACAGCCCAAAGGUGUUCUUUUGUACGGACCUCCUGGAACAGGAAAGACGUUAUUGGCAAGAGCUGUUGCACAUCACACCGACUGCAGAUUCAUCCGAGUAUCUGGCUCCGAGCUUGUCCAAAAAUACAUUGGCGAGGGUUCAAGAAUGGUCAGAGAAUUAUUCGUCAUGGCAAGAGAACAUGCCCCUUCCAUCAUCUUCAUGGACGAGAUCGAUUCUAUUGGAUCAUCACGAGUGGAAGGGUCUUCGGGUGGUGAUUCUGAGGUUCAAAGAACUAUGUUGGAACUAUUGAAUCAAUUGGAUGGUUUUGAGCCAACUAAAGGAAUUAAGGUUAUCAUGGCUACCAAUCGUUUAGACAUCUUGGAUCCAGCACUUUUACGACCAGGGCGUAUCGAUAGAAAGAUCGAGUUCCCACCGCCAACUGUUGAGGCCAGAGCUGAUAUUCUACGGAUUCACAGCCGCAGCAUGAACCUGACUCGUGGUAUCAACUUGACUAAGAUCGCGGAGAAGAUGAACGGUUGCUCAGGGGCUGAAUUGAAGGGUGUUUGCACGGAAGCUGGAAUGUAUGCAUUGAGAGAACGCAGAGUCCAUGUCACUCAGGAGGAUUUUGACCUGGCGACGGCGAAGGUAUUGAACAAGCACGACGACAAGGAAGUCAGUCUAGGGAAAUUAUGGAAGUAGGAGGCUGGGUAGUAGCCGGAACGGCAUUUGUACAGUACAACAGCAUGAGCAGCAAAGAGAUAUCGAUCAAUCAUAUUUGGUGUUUUCACAAUCUGAAGCCGAUACAUAGUUUUCUGAUUUUGGGCUCGAUUUUCUCAUAGGCCGAACAGCAGGAAGGCGGGUGAAACAGCCGAAUACCGGACUUAACGGGCCAUCACCACCCUGUUUUUCAGGCAAUAAGCGCAGGAUCUACUUUCCAUGGCACUAUUUCGCUCUGUUUUUGCCACUGGAGAACCAAAGGAUUUGAAAAUGCUGCACGAAGGGUGUAAAGAUGUGGGUCUAGUGAAGCUCGUUUUGAGGUCAUCGACAAUCCGUUAACAUGUUAUGAAAUUGAAGAAAAUAGAUAUAAAUAU